UGCAUUAAAACUGAAUGCAAUGUGAAAUGCAAUGAGGAAACGGGGUUGAACAAAACCCGCAGUGUGUUCAUCAGUGGGCAAGAUACUACUUGUUAGCUUCGGGGAAAGUGUCCUUUGUUUAUGGUUGAAGGGUUGGAGUCAUGAGGAGUGCAGAACGAGACUUUGCCCAACACUUUCUUCUUACACUCCGCUCAUAUACAGCAACUUCUCAAAGAAGACAAAAAUGAAGAGCGGAAUAAAGAUGUUAGUCAUGGCUUUUUUAAUCUUUCUUCUGAAUUCAGGCAACAUCAAAGGUGAGAUGGAGCUUCGUGCUUUUACAACCCAGAAAGCAAACUGCAACGAGAGGACGGUCUUACAGUGCAACAUCAGCUCAUCCGUGCCUCUGAACAUUGAUCAAAUAUACUGGAUGAAACAUGGAGAAAACGAGUUUAAAUGCGACCCAAAAUCCAGCAAGAGCCCUCCAGGAUAUGAGUGCAGCUACACGAGGGAAGCACUAACAUUAACCAUCCUGCAUUCUACACCAGCGCAAAUGGGGCAAUAUUAUUGUUGUGUAAUGGCAGACUCCUCACACGGAUAUAAGGGAAUCAACGUGUCUGUAGAGCAUUGCACUGGAGACUUCUCCUACGAGAUGCCUGGACCUCAGCAACUGCAGUGUCGCUUUACAGGUGUGUACCCGGAGGGCGCUAUACACUGGUUUCAACAUGACAGGAAUUUGACCUCCAUUGCUACACUGUCAAUCCUGAAUAACCCAGAUGGAACCUUCAACAUCACAAGUGUUAUAGACCGUCAGGACGAUCACGACAGAUAUAAGUGCUCAUUGUGGUCAUUAAAACAGGGUCGAUACCUUGCAGAUCAAGAGUUCAAAGUGCACGUUGAUGCUGAUUCCAGUCGUUUAAGCAAGAGCGCCACACAACACUGUUUCUCAUGGACUCCUCUACUUCAAGGCCUCUUGUUUGUCUCUAUAAGAUCAAUAAGUCAACUAAACUACUAUUAAAACAUCACAAUACAGGAUAAGAGAACUUUUGGCAGGUUAAGAGAUAAGUUUUUAAUGAAUAGCCAAAUCCAGGAGAGUCCAAACUCGAUCAUGUAGGGCCGGUGUUCUGCAUAUUUUAGUUCCAACCUCAAUUAAACACACCUGAAGCAGCUAAUCAAGCUCUUAGAAAUACUAAAAACUUCCAGGCAGGUGUGUUGAAGGAAGUUGGAGCUAAACUAUGCAUAAACGUUCUUCACCAUACUCAAGUCCAUCGGUGUACCUGGUAAGCUACUGGGUAAACUGGUAACACUGGAUAAGUCGCCCAUAUGAAGGUAAGCAGGAAGCGAUACAGUGAAAAGGAACUGAACUGGUCUGUGGCGUCAUAUUGCCCCAUAUCGUUCACUUCCCACACAAAAUGCAGCCAGGCGUAGCACCCAGGUACAUAUUUGUGGUUUCUCAGAAAUGUAGAGCGAGGUAUGUAUUCACAAUGAGCAUGUGUUGGCCUAAUAAUACUAAUUAAUUUAAUCCCUUCAUUAAUCUGGGGUCACCACAGCAGAACUGCCAACUUAUCCUGCAUGUGUUUUAUGUAGUGGAUGCCUUUCCAGCUGCAACCCAUCACUGGGAA